AUGCACGCUGAGGUUUACCCAUCGGUCAAGCUACUUCUCUUGUGCAUUUCGGUGGCGUUGGCGCAGUUUAAUCCACACUUUAAAAGCGGUCAUCAUGCCAUCGUGCAGCUGUUUGAAUGGCGUUACGCGGAUAUCGAGCACGAAUGUCGAACCUACCUCGGUCCAAACGGGUUUGGCGCUGUGCAACUCUCACCUGUGAAUGAAGUGCGUGAUGGAACGUCUUGGGUCGAUCGAUAUGAACCCAUUUCUUUCAAGCUAACGAGUCGUUCGGGCAACGAAUUCGCCCUUCGAUCAGCUGUGAAAGCAUGCAAUGAAGCCGGUGUACGUGUGCUGGUCGAGGUUGUGCUAAAUCACAUGGCUCGAGCCCACGUGGACAGUUCAUCACCCACACGUGGAACGGCCGGAUCAAUUGUCAACCCAACAGCACUCGACUAUCCUGAUGCUCCUUUCAAAGCGGCUGAUUUCAACGACGCCUGUCGGAUCGUGCAUCUAGACGAUCCUCACGAACUCCGCAACUGUUGGAAAGAGGAUCGACCUGAUCUGAAUCUCAGCCUGUUACGGGUUCGCCAACGCAUCCUUGAUUUCCUGAACCGACUGCUAGCGCUCGGUGUGGCUGGAUUUUUCAUCGAUUCCGCGUUACACAUGUGGCCGCACGAUCUACACGCCAUUUUCUCAAAGUUGGACAAUCUCAGCACGGUUGAGGGCGCUUUUCCACCUGGCUCAAGACCAUUCAUUUGUCUCGAUCUGUCACACCAUGAAUCCACAACGGGUGGAUUGAUCGCGUCUCUGCAAGCUCGCUGGACGGACUACGCCGAGCUUGGUGUGAUCGCGCAAGAUCGCUUUGCUUACGACAUCGGUGACGUGUUGCUGAAACGGAAGCCUUUUCAUUACUUCGUCCAUUUGGGGACCCGUUUGGGGUAUGUCCCCCGGGAAAAAGCACUCGUGUACGUCAGCAAUCCGCGCCUUCAACGUCUCCCGGAUGCAGAUGGUGAUCUUUGGGUCGUUUCAGGACGCAAUCGACGAGCUUAUCAGAUUGCACUCGCAUUUAUGCUGGCCCAUCGGUACGGUAUGGCUUCGAUCGCAAGCAGUUACGAGUUUUCCAACACCACCGAAGGUCCUCCGAGUGACUCGCAAGGACACAUCUCCCCGGUACAGAUCGAUCCAACGGGCACGUGCCGUCGACCGUGGAUUUGCGAGCACCGAUGGCCUGUGGUAAGGAAAAUGCUCCGUUUCCGGCAAGCUACAAAUGGAACAGGUGUACGAGCGUGGACCGAUAAUGGGCAGAAUCAGCUUGCGUUUUGUCGCGAUCGCAUGGGAUUCGUCGCUUUGAAUGCGGAGAUUUCUCUCGCUCUGAAAGCCCCCUUAUACACCUGCCUGAAGGAAGGUUUAUAUUGCGAUGUCGUCAGCUCGGAAACUGGAUCAAAACCCACAAAGGACGACACUGCAUGCUCUGGCAGAAUGAUAGCGGUGGAAAGUGAUGGUCGGGCGGAGAUUUUCCUCCCAAGCCAACUCGACGAACCAUUCGUAGCAUUGCUCGAAUCCCAUCAACUACCGUAA